AUGGCAGAGGUAGCCUCCGCGAACUUCUUCAAAGUUCUUGACGCAGAGGCGUCUGAGGCUCCCGAUGUGACGCCCAAGCAGAAGGAGAAACCAAAGGCCGAGGCUCCUGCAACAAGGGGUGGACAGAGAGGCAGAUCCGGUCCCGCCUCGAAAGGAGGACGUUAUUAUCAGAGAGGUGGCGGCGCGGCACAAUCUGCGGCUCGUGAGCCAGCCGAAGCGGAGGAUCCCCCUCAGGGAAAGCGCUCCGAUGACCGUCCUCGCGGUCGCGGCCGAGGUGGACGGGCACGAGGUGGACGGGGCCGUGGCGGUCAUGGACGCGACUUCGACAGGCACAGUGCGACUGAUAGAGUCGACACCGAAAAGCAGAUUGGCCAAGGCUGGGGAGCUAAUGAUGGUGGCAAGGAGUGGCAGGUAGAGGAGCAAGCCGCUGAAGACGCCGCUGCGACUCCAGCUGAUGAUCCCUGGGCUACUCCUGCCCCUGCUGCUGCUGCUGCCGCCGACGAUGGCUGGGGUGUCCCUGCUGCUGAUGCUUCUGGUGAUGCUGCGAAAGAUGGAGCCCCGGCCGAGACGCGUCGUCCCAGAGAGGAGGAGGAAGACAAGACCUUGACUCUGGAUGAGUUCUACGCUCAACAGAAGGAGAAAGAGAUCGUUCCCAAAUUGGAGGGCGUCAGGAAGGCGAACGAUGGAAAUGAUGAUCUCUUUAAGGACGCCGUUCAAGUCACAAAGGAUGUCGACGAGGACGCCUAUUUCGUCUUGAAGCCUAAGAACGUAAAGCAGCGAGCGAAGAAGGAUGACAAGAAGCAACCCGCCGCAGAGGUUACGGACAUCUUCUUCACUGGCCAGUUUUCCGACCGUGCACCUCGCGGUCGUGGGGUCCGCGGAGGUGAACGUGGUUUUCGCGGUGGACGCGGACGCGGAGGCAGAGGAGGACGCGGCCGUGGCGACUCCCGUGGUGCAGACAACCAGGGAGUGAACUUUGGAGAGUCCGAUUUCCCUUCACUGGGUGAGGCACAAUGA